AUGGGAGAGACAUUCCAAAGAUGCAAAAUGCAGCCAAGUCCAACCAGAAGGAAGAUGAAACGCAUCCCUGAAGAAGGAGAGGAGGAAGGUUUGUAUAUGAGAGCUGAGCCUGUAGAACAAGAGGAGGAGCAGAAGGGACCAGAGUUAAAGCAGGCUUCCCGUAGAGAUAUGUAUUCUAUCUGCCAAGGAGCAGGUCUUGAUGGCUUGGCAAAGAAGUUUGGUCUUACACCAGAGCAGUUUGGAGAAAAUCUGCGAGACAGUUACCAGAGGCAUGAGACUGAGCAGUUCCCAGCUGAACCUCUAGAGCUUGCCAAAGAUUAUGUGUGCAGUCAAUUCACAACGCCUGAGGCAGUGCUGGAGGGGGCCCGGUAUAUGGUUGCACUGCAGAUUGCUAGAGAACCUUUGGUUAGACAAGUCCUGAGACAGACCUUCCAGGAACGGGGCAAAAUCAAUAUUGUGCCAACCAAAAAGGGCAGAAAGGAAGUGGAUGAAGCCCAUUUUGCGUAUCCUUUCAAAUAUCUGAAAAAUAAACCUGUGAAGGAGCUUCGGGAUGAACAGUUUCUUAAGAUGUGCAUUGCAGAAGAUGAGGGUUUAAUUACCAUUGAGAUCAGUAUUGAUUUGAAGGAUGUUGAGGGCUAUGGAAAUGAGCAGACCUAUUUUGAGGAGAUCAAGCAAUUCUAUUACAGAGAUGAGUUCAGUCACCAGGUUCAGGAGUGGAACAGGCAACGCACACUGGCCAUUGAAAGGGCCCUAAAGCAGUUCCUGUACCCUCAAAUGGGCAAAGAGUUGAAAAGUAAACUUAUCCUGGAGUCCAAAGAAUAUGUUGUUAAGUCAUGUAGCCGUAAAAUGUACAACUGGUUGAAGGUAGCCCCAUAUCGGCCAGAUCAGCAAGUAGAGGAAGAUGAUGAUUUCAUGGAGGAGAGCCAAGGGAAAGGAAUCCGUGUUUUGGGUUUAGCUUAUGCCUCAGCAAGAGACCACCCUGUUUUUUGCUCUCUAAUUAAUGGGGAAGGUGAAGUCACGGACUUCCUGCGCUUGCCAUACUUUACAAAGCGGAAGAAUGCUUGGAGAGAGGAGGAGAGAGAGCGUAAGGCUCAUGAUAUGGAGAGCCUGAAAAAAUUUUUGAUUAGCAAGAAGCCUCAUGUUGUUGCCAUUGCUAGUGAGAAUCGAGAUGCACAGAUGAUGAUUGAGGAUGUUAAACGCAUUGUUAAUGAGCUGGAGCAAGCACAACAGAUGUCUUCUAUUGGGGUGGAAAUGGUUGAUAAUGAGCUAGCUGUUUUGUAUAUGAACAGUAAAAAAUCAGAGAGUGAUUUCCGGGACUAUCCCCCAGUUUUACGCCAAGCAGUUUCUAUUGCUCGCCGUGUUCAGGAUCCCCUGAUUGAAUUUUCCCAGGUCUGCAGCACUGAUGAAGACAUUCUUUGUCUGAAACUUCACCCAUUGCAGGACCACGUAGUGAAAGAGGAACUAUUGAAUGCCCUUUAUUGUGAAUUCAUCAACAGAGUCAAUGAGGUUGGAGUUGAUGUUAACAGAGCUAUUGCUCAUCCGUACACACAGUCCCUGAUCCAGUAUGUGUGUGGCCUUGGACCACGUAAAGGCACUCAUUUACUAAAGAUCCUCAAACAAAACAAUACACGCCUAGAAAAUCGUACUCAGCUGGUUACAAUGUGUCAUAUGGGUCCCAAAGUUUUUAUUAACUGCGCUGGUUUCAUCAAGAUUGACACAAACUCCCUUGGUGAUAGUACGGACUCCUAUAUUGAAGUAUUGGAUGGCUCGAGAGUGCACCCUGAAACCUACGAGUGGGCACGCAAAAUGGCAGUUGAUGCGUUAGAGUAUGAUGAGUCUGCUGAAGAUGCUAACCCUGCAGGAGCUUUAGAGGAGAUUCUAGAAAAUCCUGAGAGACUGAAGGAUCUUGAUUUGGAUGCUUUUGCUGAAGAACUUGAGAGACAGGGUUAUGGUGAUAAACAUAUCACAUUGUAUGAUAUUCGAGCUGAGCUUAGCUGCAGGUACAAAGACCUUCGAACACCUUACAGGUCAGCUAACCCUGAGGAGGUCUUUAACAUGCUGACCAGAGAAACGCCAGAGACAUUCUAUAUAGGUAAAUUGAUAACCUGUAGUGUUACUGGUAUAGCGCAUAGAAGACCUCAAGGAGAAAGUUACGACCAAGCUAUCAGGAAUGAUGAGACGGGGCUUUGGCAGUGUCCAUUUUGCCAACAAGAUAAUUUCCCAGAGCUUAGUGAGGUAUGGAAUCAUUUUGACAGCGGUUCUUGCCCUGGUCAAGCUAUUGGUGUUAAAACACGGCUAGACAAUGGUGUGACUGGCUUCAUCCCAACAAAAUUUAUUAGUGAUAAAGUAGUUAAACGGCCUGAAGAAAGAGUAAAGGUGGGCAUGACUGUACAUUGUCGAAUAAUGAAAAUCAACAUUGAAAAGUUUAGUGUGGACAUGACAUGCAGAUCCUCAGACUUAAUGGACAAAAACAAUGAGUGGAAGUUACCCAAGGACACUUACUAUGACUUUGACACAGAGGCUUCACAUCUAAAACAGGAUGAAGAGCUGAAAAAGAAACAGCAGCGUACCACUUACAUAAAACGUGUCAUUGCACAUCCCUCUUUCCACAAUAUUAACUUCAAGCAAGCUGAGAAGAUGAUGGAGACAAUGGACCAAGGAGAUGUUGUUAUUCGACCAAGCAGUAAAGGGGAAAAUCAUCUGACAGUCACAUGGAAGGUUAGCGAAGGUAUUUACCAACAUGUGGAUAUACGAGAGGAAGGGAAGGAGAAUGCCUUCAGUCUGGGGUCAACGCUAUGGAUUAACAAUGAGGAGUUUGAGGACUUAGAUGAAAUCAUUGCUCGAUUUGUGCAGCCAAUGGCAUCUUUUGCAAGAGAUCUUAUAAACCACAAAUAUUACCAGGACUGCAAUUCUGGCGAUAAAAAGAAAUUGGAAGAAUUAUUGAUAAAAACAAAGAAGGAAAAGCCUACAUUCAUUCCAUACUUUAUCUCAGCUAAUAAGGAGCUCCCAGGCAAAUUUUUGCUAGGAUAUCAGCCCCGAGCUAAGCCAAGAAUUGAGUACAUAACAGUGACACCUGAAGGUUUCAGAUAUAGGGGACAGAUAUUCCCUACAGUCAAUGGCCUUUUCCGAUGGUUCAAAGACCACUACCAAGACCCUGUACCAGGUAUUACCCCUAGUAGCAGCAGUAGAACUAGGACUCCGGCCUCCAUGAGUGCCACCCCUGCCAAUAUUAAUCUUGCCGAUCUGACCCGUGCUGUGAAUGCUCUCCCGCAAAACAUGACUUCCCAAAUGUUUAACGCUAUUGCUGCAGUUACUGGGCAUGGGCAAAAUCCCAAUGCAACGCCAGCUCAAUGGGCAUCCAGUCAGUAUGGUUAUGGUGGAGGCAGUGGAGGUGGGAGCAGUGCUUAUCAUGUUUUUGCAACUCCAGCACAGCAGCCUAUGGCUACGCCUCUGAUGACCCCCAGCUACUCGUAUGCUACUCCCAGCCAACCUAUCACAACACCACAGUACCAUCAGCUACCGCCAAGUGCUACACCAACCCCCGCACCCACACCACAGUCCUCUCAUUCACAAAGUUCUUCAACAUCAAGUUCCCGACACAGACAGCAAUCCAAAACCAGUAGUCAGACCCCUAUUGACUGGGGCAAAAUGGCUGAACAGUGGCUGCAUGAAAAAGAGGCAGAGAGGCGAAAACAGAAACAGCGGUUAACCCCUCGUCCAUCUCCAAGUCCUAUGAUUGAGAGUACACCUAUGUCUGUCGCAGGGGAUGCCACACCACUGCUGGAUGAAAUGGACCGAUGA